AUGUCAGAAGGUUUUCCUGAAACUGGAGGCAUCUCUAGAGUCAAGCUGCGGUUUGUCGAUGUUGACAGACCAAAAGAUCCACUUUUCACUGGUUGCCCAGUAAAAUGGCAGAAUGGAAGAAACGCUAAGGUAGCGAUAUUUGGAAAUGAUAGGCAAAUCACACAGGGCGACCUUUCUAAAUUGAAAAUUGAGAUUUUAGCAGUCCAUGCUGAUUUCUUUACUGAGCAAGGACAAGAGGACUUCACCAAAGAGGAAUUCAACAAGCAGAUAUAUAUGCACAAAGGGAAAGAGUCAGUCUUGAAAACUGUUAAUCUAAAAAACGGUGAGGCAUAUAUUGGUCCCUUCUCCUUUACAGAGAGCUCCCAGAGGAAAAGGUUAAGGUUGACAGCACGAGUGAAAAGGCAGGUUCAUACUACCAGAGUUCAGGAAGCAAUCAGCGAUCCUUUUGUUGUCAAAGACCGCCGAAGCGAAUCAUAA